AUGUCGAAAUGUAUGUUAUUAUUUGAUGAUGAUAAGACUUAAUGUAAAACUCUUUUACACUCUAAAAAGAUGAUGGCUUGUUUAAAUCCUGAUUGUUUAACUUAUCCUUAGAUUUGUUGUUCUGAUUGUAUUGAUUAAUUACAUCAACAUAAAGGAAAUACAAUGACUAUGGAGAAAACUUAAUUUGUUAAUCAAACUAAUAAAAAAUAUGCUGAAAUACAAGACUAAGCCUAUUCAUUAGAAGCAGAAUAUUAAAAUUUUGAAAAAAAAGGUUCUAAUUUAAAAAGGCUUUUUAACGGUGAUAUUGAGAGAAUGAGAAUAUAAAUAAAUAAAAUUAUUGAUUCAUUGAAGGAACAAAUAAAUAAAUAAAUUGAUCAAAGUAUUUCAACAACUAAAAAAUAAGUAACUUAAAAAGUUGAAAAGACUCGAGAUGCUUUGCAAUAAUUUAAACCAAUUAAUAUUAGUAAAAUUUAUAAUGAUUAAUUAAAACGGUUGAUAAUUGCAAUUUGGCAUACUGAUUACUAAUUAGAAAGAGACAAAUUGAAAAGUUUUUUCCCAAAUUUAUAGGAACUUUUAAGAGGAAGGUUAUCAUAGAUAAAUGAUAAUAUAUCUUAAGAACUAAUACAAUAGAGUUAAGAAUUAAUGUAAGAAUCCCAAGAUGAAAUAUAACAAUAUUUUGAUUAAAAAACUCAAAUGGAUAAUUUAUCAACAUAAAGUGAUGAUUCAAUUGUAAAUAAAUUAGUAAAUUUGAGAGAUAGUCUAAAAUUAUAAAUGGAAUAACAUUUAGCUGCUAAAAAUUGUACUCACAAAGGAUGUCAUUAAGUAACUCCAGUUAAAGCAUAUUAUGGUUAUUAUUAUCAUAUCAGUGGUUAUGCUGUAUUUGGUGAAUUACCAAUAUCAGUUUGUGCUAAAUCUAAAAAAUUAGCUGAAAAAAUGGAUAGCGUUGUGAAUGAUUUGUAUAAAUUGUAAUAUAGAGAUUCAACCAUCGAUGAUUGUGUAUAAGCAUAUUUUAUAUAUUGA